UAACCAAAAUUUUCAGUACUGCUUGGGAAUAUAAUGAUUAGAACCGGACUUCGGAACUCACUGGUUAGCAUACGGUACUUGCACAGCACCAGAUCAUCAUACUCAUUCAUUGGGGACUGGUUUGGUAGUAAAAAGACCACAGAAAAAAAAGAUAUCGUCAAAGAACAAGAUAAUCUUGAAGAAGGAACGAAGAUCGUUAUAUUGAAUGAGAAGAACUCUCCUAACAAACCUAAGUUUACCGUCAAAUCCCACAUGCCAGAUUUUAAAAUCCAUCAAUGGAAAACAAAGAAUGUAACUGCAAAGAGGAUAGAGAGCACCUACAAUACUGAAGAUCUCGUCAACAUAAUAAAUGACACAUUAAAGAGUUUGCAGAGGGAACCAAGUGAACUCGAAAAGUUUGAGGACGUUAAACUCCAUGAUUUGACUUUCAGAUUCCAGUUCACAAAACAGUUACAGAGAAACUUAGGGUUUGACAUCAAGGACUCGAUAUUAACAAAGUCUCAUGAUUUGAAAGUCUUGUUUGAUGAGUUGAAUGCCAUUGUUAACAGAAGAUUCCUCAACGAAAGAAAUGCAAAUGAUAUUGCCUUGAAGCCGGAGGACUUUUCUGCUCCAAAUGUAUACGUAAACCAAGAGCUUUCUGAGUUUGAGAAGGCUCGGGAGUUCAACAAAUUGGUCGAACAAGCAAGAAACUCUUUAUAAAAUUUCAUGUAAAUAGUAAUAAAUAACCUACACCAGUAUUCACCUUUUGUUCACGGAAUAUCCUAUCAAUGUGGCAGUUGCCAAUACCAAAAGCACGCCAGGUAUCAAGACUUCGUUGGGAACACCAAAAAACCCAUUCUCAGAUACCCGUCUAGGUCUUUUGGGUUUUCUAAUCUUGAUGUUUUCUAUGGGUGCUGGCUCGUGGGGAUUAUGUAAAUAUAAGUUAGCCUUAUGGCUGGCGAGUCUCAAGUUGAUCUUCACGCAGUCAAGCAAAUCAUUAUCUGAGGUGAUUGACACAAUAUCCCCUUCAUCAUCAACAUAGCUUAUGGCGUAUGUCUUUCCGUCAUCAUUAACUUUUGUCACUCUAAGGUACUGAAAGUCUUUAGGAUGUAACUUUUCGUCUAUCAAUUCUCUUAAUUUUGUCAAGCCAUCAGUAGGCUUAAUGGAAAUCCGAUGGACUCGGUUUUCAUUGGCAGGAGAUUUGAACUUCAAUACAAAUGACUCGUCAAGAGAGUCUAAAAGACUUGUUCUGCUCUUUUGAGGAGUUUCAAUAUGAGAGAUAGAAUCAGAUGGCUUGAUAUCAAGGUUCAAAUCCGAUGAAGUGAGGCCAGCCUGAGAAGUCAAAUUGGUUGGUGUUUGGGGCCUACCACUGGAGUCGACCACCAAGGAAUCUGAAUUAACUGAAUCAGCAUCGUUGUCUAAUGAUGUCCAAAACUUAUUCCAAGCGGGUCCUUCAGCUCCACCACUUUUUGCUUCCGAAACGAUCUCAGGACUCUCUUGAUCUUUGACUUGCUUAAUUUGGUUUAGCGUAGCGUAGGUUAACUUUAACACUUCAACGAUCCCAAUUAUAUCACCGGAAUCCCCCACAACAGGUAAGUUUAAAUAGUGACCAUCGAACAUCUUCCUCAAAGAUUCUUGAAUGGAAAGAUCAUGACGAGCUACGUCCGGCUGCGGAGUCAUAACCCUGACGAUAGAACAGUUCUUGGGGGUCAAACCGGCAGCAAUGACUCGCAAAACCACGUCCUUGGAUGUAAAAAUCCCGUUAACCUUAUCUUCAUUAUCCUUUACAAGAACAGCAGUGGUGUUAUUCUCUUUCAUCAAAACAGUCGCCUCAUAAACAGUAGUUUUUAUCGAGCAGUAGAUAGGGACGGUUCUGGAGUCCAACACGGUAUCCAAAGUUGGACCGUUCAUCUUGCUCUUUAACUCCUCAAAGUAUUGGAAUACUUGAAGUGGCUGUUGUACUACUGCCAUUUCGGAGUGAACUGUGUCGAAAGCUUCGUACAAUCUCUUUGAAGAUUCGUGCAUUCUCUCCAACUUCUCCAUUUGCUGG